GGCCAGCGGGAUGUGGAGGGGACUGCUCUCCCCUCACCUGGGAGACAGGCUGCUGAGCGAUUUGGGCCUGAAGAGCCCGUUCUAGAAGGCCUCCUCGCCGGUUCCUCCGCUUCCUCCUACCCUCCUCCCGCCCCAUCCCUGGCACAGGUCGUUCCAUUCUGGCCUCUCCACUUUCCAAAUCUGUGGCCAGCACCCCUCCCACUCCGGUGCAGCGUCUGGCAUCCAUCUCCCGCCAGUUCUUAUGGUCUUUUCUCUUAGGAGUCAAUAGGGAUGGGGGUAAUAUAUUUGCUGAAAAAACGUGUAAAGGAGAGAGGUAUGGAGACCAGGGACUGACAGUUUGUCUCACACAAAAGCAGAGACAUUAAGGAGGCCGGAUUUCACCCCAGGCUAGACUUCACCACCACCGCUAUCUCUUCAGUUAUUCCCCCCACCUUCCUCAUCCAGUUCUGUCCUCCAUCCCGGGCAAUAGGGUCCCUUUCUCCAUUCUCGGGGCAUCCGCCAUUCCAUCUAUCUAAGCCCAACCUCUCCCCCCAUCCAGAGUUCCAUUCAGUGGAGUCGCCUCCUUGUCCCUCCUCCUCUGAACCCCGAGACAUGCGGCCUUGCCUCGGCUCCGCCUGUCUCUAAGACCUUCGCCACUCCCUGCCUCCAAGGAACCCCGGGGUUCCGCCCGCCCAGCUUCACCCCCGCCACUCUUUCCCGGCGUCUCCGCCCCCUGCCCCGCCCCCGGGCCGGCUCUCGGAGGAGAGGGGAGCCGCUGUCGCCGCCGCCGCCUCAGCUUCCCACAGCCGCUACCGCUGACUCCGCUGCCGCCGCUCCGCUUGGCCCAGCCGCCAGGCCCAGUGCUCACUUCGCCAGACCAGGGCGCUCUGCGGAGACACCCUCAAUCCUUCCUGGGGUCCGGGACGCCUAGCCGGGCGUGGGGGGAAGCUCCGCUUGCGGGGUACAGGGAGGGAGGAGCCUGGAACCGGAGCCAGCGCCAGCCGACCCCGGAUCGACAAGACAGGACAGGUUGAGGGGCGUCGGGGAAGGAAGAGGGGGUGCUAUAGGCAGUCCCGGGGAGGACAAGGAAGCCCUGUCGCAGAAAGCUCUGAUGCGCUCUGACUUACAGCGGGUCUGUUCACAUUUGGGGACCCGUGACAACGUGGGUGCACUCCUCUCUCGGGGGGCUGGUUGGAUUGGAGGGCGUGGGAUCUAAACAGCACCAGCUGUCCCCGAGGAAAUUAGGGGCUGCCAGAAAAAAAAAGCCAAAAACCUAUGCUCCUUAUUCCGAGGUGACAGAGGACCCUCCAGACAACCACCUGGUGUAACCACUAGGAAGGGCGGAUUUGGAGGUGACUUCAAAAGGAGUGGAUGGUAACAAGGGCUUAUCCUCAGGUCCCGUGGGUGAGGCGGCGAGUCGGACCGGAGAGUCAAGAGCAUGUCCUGGUGAGCUAGCGGGCUUCUCCGGGGAGGGGGGGCAGCGCGCUCCGGGAGCCUGCCGGUUUUGGGGUGUCUCCUCCCGGGGCGCCAUGGCGGCACUGGCCAGCAGCCUGAUCCGGCAGAAGCGGGAGGUCCACGAGCCCGGGGGCAGCCGGCCCGUGUCGACGCAGCGGCGCGUGUGUCCCCGCGGCACCAAGUCCCUUUGCCAGAAGCAGCUCCUCAUCCUGCUGUCCAAGGUGCGACUGUGCGGGGGGCGGCCCGCGCGGCCGGACCGCUGCCCGGAGCCUCAGCUCAAAGGCAUCGUCACCAAACUGUUCUGCCGCCAGGGUUUCUACCUCCAGGCGAAUUCCGAUGGGAGCAUCCAGGGCACCCCAGAGGACACCAGCUCUUUCACCCACUUCAACCUGAUCCCUGUGGGGCUCCGUGUAGUCACCAUCCAGAGUGCCAAGCUGGGUCACUACGUGGCCAUGAACGCUGAGGGGCUGCUCUACAGCUCGCCACAUUUCACAGCUGAGUGUCGCUUUAAGGAGUGCGUCUUUGAGAAUUACUAUGUCCUGUACGCCUCUGCUCUCUAUCGCCAGCGUCGUUCUGGCCGGGCCUGGUACCUGGGCCUGGACAAGGAGGGCCGAGUCAUGAAGGGAAAUCGAGUCAAGAAGACCAAGGCAGCCGCCCACUUUGUGCCCAAGCUCCUGGAGGUGGCUGUGUACCGGGAGCCUUCUCUCCACAGUGUCCCUGAGACCUCCCCUUCCAGUCCCCCUGCCCGCUGCCAUGUAGUCCCCAGACUGGAAGCUCCCUGCUCUAGCCACCACCACAGCCUGUCUCCCAGCCCUGCUUCUGGCCCUGCUCUCACCCCUGCUGCCACACUCAUGCCCUGAGCAGCCAUGUCCCACCAGGUGCUCUACCCUGAGGGAGCCUAGGGGCCGGCCAUGACUUCCGGGGCUGCUGAGACCCUUAGAUCCUUGGGCCCGGGAAAGGGGUCAGAGAGGGGGAUGUCUGAAAAUCGUCCUGGCUGAUCACUUCUUUCCUUCCACACUUACACCCUCCAAAGCCUUUUCCCGAGAUGGUGCGGGGGGGUUCCAAAACUGACAAAACCAGGGCAUAAAUCUUCCCCACCCCGGGCUCAGCCAGUUCCUGGAGCCCUUUGCCCUUUUCAUGGCCACCAAGCCAUAGACUUAUAGGUCCACUGCAGCUCAGGAUUAGUUUCCUUCUUUCGCUACUCCACCUUUUGCCUUGUUCCAGACAGGCUCUGGAACACCAGGCACCCCAGCCAGGGCCAUUUCUGCACCCAGGGUCUGUGCUGGAACACAGGCAUGCUGCCAGGCUCUGUUCUGGAUCCAUCAGGCUUCUGUCCUUCACCCAGAUGGACCCCUGGUUUCCAAUUAGAGAGAGGCUGGAUUUGGGCCCUGUCCAGCUGCUGGUCUUGGCCUGAAUUGGGCCAGUCUCAGAUCACCACAGGUUUAACUUUCUUACCCCAGAGACACCCAAUUCUAGAGCGUGGUGUUCUAGACACAUACAGAGCCAUACUUCCUUCUGAAUCUCAGCUCUAGGACAUAGACCACGACUCUCAGCCCUUCCCUCUAGGAUGGAACUAGAGCCUAUAUAGGCAUGUUAUUGCUCUAGAGUAAGAGUUCUAGACCCACGCUUCCACCUUCUCUAGUGAUACCUGUUAAGCAGGAGCUCUGGAAAGGACCCAGCUAUGAUUCACAAAGAACUAAGUCCAGAACUUCUUGUUUUCCCUAGACAAUUUUCUAAAAAUCUUAUUCUUCCUAUAGAAUGCUAACCUUAUUUUUUACAUGCAGUUUCUAGCUCCUGCAACUCAGCUGGGGUCCUGCCAGGGAACAGAGGCUGAGGAAGGGCAGAGGAGUUUUGGAAGGAAUCCCUGGCUCAUAGAAGGGCAGCUAGGAUGGGAAAGUGGCCAGAACCAUGGCAUGACUGGACCUGUGCCUGGGUUGGGGGGACAUGAACACUUAGCUACCUCAGCAGGAAUUCCUUCCAGGUCCCCUUUAAAGCUGAGGUCUUUAGGGUAAUGGGUCUAGAAUAAAAAAGACAAAUGGGACAUAGCUUUGAACCCCCUCAAAUGAGGAGACACCAAUUCAGCAAUAAGUCCCACCCUUCUCCCCUACAGGUCAGGCCAAGGACGGUGAGGGCCUCUUGGUCUCUAGACCUCAUACACCCCUCCAGCUUCUAACUGAAUAGAACUUGCUUUACCUCAGCUGGGUGUUAGGUACCCAAAAAGGCUCUGCUCCCAGGGACCAGUCUCCACUCCAUGCUUUCUCAAUUAAAGACGAUUUAUACAA